AUGGCAAGACGGGUUAGUGAUUUUGGGGAUGGAGGAGCAUUCCCUGAAAUCCAUUAUGCACAGUAUCCUCUUGAUAUGGGCAGAAAGAAAUAUAGGACUACUACUCUGCCUGUUACUGUGGACGAUCACGGUGAAGUGAGGUACGGUGCAAUUGUGAGGCAAGGUGAGAACGCUAAGAAGAUUGUCUAUUGUCAGCACAAGGAUCUUGUCCCCAAACACGAUGGAGGCUUGGAUUUGGAUGUGGAAGAGCAGGAGAAAAAAAUUCACGACGAAACCAAGGCUGCCAUUGAGAAGAUUAUGAACAUAGCACAGCCCACAAAAGUUGAAUCCAAUUUCAUUAAGUUCAAGCCUUCGGCAUCAAAUAAAUCGAGGAUUAUUAGGAUGGCGGACAUGCAGGUGGACCCUAUCGAUCCACCAAAGUUCAAGCGCAAGAAGGUCCCUAGGGCCUCUGGUUCACCACCUGUGCCCCUUAUGCAUUCUCCUCCUCGUCCCGUCACGGUGAAGGAUCAACAGGAUUGGAAGAUUCCGCCUUGUAUAUCUAACUGGAAGAACCCCAACGGUUACACAAUCCCGCUUGAUAAGCGUAUUGCUGCUGAUGGCACCAGAGGCAUUCUUCAGGAGGUCCAGGUCAAUGAUAAUUUGGCAAAACUUUCCGAGGCUCUGUAUGUUGCAGAGGAGAAAGCCAGAGUAGCUGUUGCAAUGCGGUCAAAGGUUCAGAAAGAGAUGAUGAUUAAAGAGAAGGAAAAGAAAGAGAUGGAACUUCGAGAGUUGGCCCAAAAGGCAAGAUCUGAGAGAAGUGCUCCCAUGAAUGAUAUGGGUUAUGAGCGUGCAAGAGAAGACCGAUUACAGAGAAAGAAGAUAUGUGAGGAACGACGCAGGGAGAGGAGAUUGGAGGAGACAAAAAAUGCGAAGAAGAUAAAGAUCACCAGAGAUAGAGACCGUGACAUCAGUGAAAAAGUUGCUCUUGGGAUGGCUUCAACAUCAAGAGGAGGAGGUGAGAUCAUGAUGUAUGACCAGAGAUUGUUCAACCAGCAGAAAGGGAUGGGUUCUGGAUUUGCUAGUACUGAUGAUGCCUACAACAUCUAUGAUAAAGGCCUAUUUACUGCUCAUCAGCCUACUCUUUCUACUCUAUACAGACCCAAGAAAGACGUGGAUAUUUAUAUGUAUGGAGGAGAGCUGGAGAAGAUCAUUAAGAAAGAUCGCUUUAAGCCAGACACAGCAUUUGUUGGAACAUUUGAGAGGGCUGGUCCAAGAGAUAGACCUGUGGAAUUUGAUGCUGAUCCAUUUGGUUUGGACCAGUUAUGGGGAGAGGUAAUUAAUAAUAAAGCAGAAGAAACCCACAAAGGUUCAACUUAG